GUACACUAAUUCGCUUAAACCCACCAAACUGGCCCGACUUCCAGUUCCCUCUGGAUUUCCAGCAGAAACGCUAUGUGAGGAUAAAGUCACCAGCAGAUCCUUCAACAUGGAGCCACUCUGACCUUCCAGAUUUUCUGAGCCAGUGAAAAUAUGCACAGGCCUUUCUGAAGUCUCCCCUGCCACCAAAGGCAGGAUGAAUAAUCGUUUGAGUGCUCAUUCUGUGUGGAGUGCUGUAAGUCAUCUCACCUACUGCUCACCACCGCCUUAGGUAUGAUUACAUGAUUACAUUUUACAGAAAUGGAAUGGGCCUGGAGAUAUUCAACGACUUUUCAAAGAUACACAGACUGGAUUCCAAUCCAGGUUUGACUUUGAUGCCCACUCUUCCCACUAGGGACACUGCCUCUUUCAUUUUUUGUGGUACCCAUAUCCAUUUUAGAUGGGGUAGGACGGUACAAUUCUGUAGUACUUAAAGAAUUCCUAGCCUCACAGUUGGGGGUGAGGAGUGGGAGUGGGAGAGUCUGCCUCUUGGCUGGGUAGGGUCCUAGUUCUUUCUAACCACUUGAGUAAUUUAGCCAUAAAUAACUGGGCGCUGAGAAGGACACUAAUAAAAGCAUAGCCUGGAGUCAUGUUCGAAAAAACAAAAAUUCAAGUCACUCAGUGGGUGGAUAUAUCUACAAAACAAAAGAAAAGCCCCUUUCCCAGCCCAGGCAGAGAAGUCUCCUGUAAAGUUAGAGACAACAGGCUUCUGGGCACGUAGCCAAGGUUCUGGGGAUAUUUAUAACUUCAAGAGGGUGGGAGUCCCUAAUAAGCUGCUAUAUUCUUUUUCCAUCACUUCCCUCUCCAAGGCUACAGCGAGCUCAGAGCUCUUCCCCACGCAGAAUGCCUGCUUUCCCUAGUGCUCCCUUCCAUUGUCUAAUUUUCCCAUCCUGGCUGGGGAAAGGGAAGGCUGCAAGUCCUUCCGUUCGGAAGAACUCCAGUUGAAUGCAGUUUAGCUGCUGCUGGUGGUGUUUCUUGGCUAGCUGCUGUGGUCUCAGGGACCUGCCUAUGAGCCUGUGGUUUCUCUGAGCUGCCGGAGAGUCUCAGGAAUUUGUUAGUCUUUGGGAUCCGCCUACGAGCUCUGGGCUUUGCCUGCAAGUCUACGGAUUCUAGGUCUACCUGCGGGUCUCAGGUAUCCGGGAUCUGUCAGUGAUCUCUGGACUCUUUCUGAACGCCUUAAGUCCGAGAGAAUACUGCCUGAGGAUUUGGAAUCUGUUUCAGGCCUCUCGGAUCUUGGAGCCAGCGAUCUAGUGGAUCUUUUGCGGGCCCGGAGCGCUGUAUGCUAGCUGCUUUUCCUGCUCUCUCUCCUGGGAGGCGAAUCCCUGAGCCCGAGAUGGCAGCCACCCUGCUCAUGGCUGGGUCCCAGAUCGGACUUAAUACCCUUUGCCUCCUCAACAAUUCUAGCCAUAUGUCUAAUUUGAAGAAGAAAAACUGAUAGAUGCCAAGUAGAUGCCAAGUAAUGAGGAAGCAUUGUGUGAUUGCAGGCACCUGUGACAUUUGAAGAUAUGGCCGUGUACCUCACUCGUGAAGAAUGGAGACCCCUGGACCCUACACAAAGGGACCUUUACAGGGAUGUUAUGCAGGAGAAUUAUGGGAAUGUUGUCUCACUGGAUUUUGAGAUCAGGAAUGAGAACGAGGUGAAUCCAAAACAAGAGAUUAGGGAAGAUGUAGAAUUUGGGACCACAUCCGAAAGACCUGUUGUGAAUACUGAGGAAAAUCCUGAAACUGAAGAGGCCUUUGAAAGCAGGGAUAGAUCAGAAAGACAGUGGGGAGAUUUAACAGCAGAAGAGUGGGUAAGCUAUCCUCUCCAACAAGUCACCGAUCUGCUUGUCCACAAAGAAGUCCACACAGGUAUCCAAUAUCAUAUAUGUUCUCACUGCGGAAAAGCCUUCAGUCAGAUCUCAGAUCUUAAUCGACAUCAGAAAACCCAUACUGGAGAUAGACCCUAUAAAUGUUAUGAAUGUGGAAAGGGCUUCAGUCGGAGCUCACAUCUUAUUCAACAUCAAAGAACACACACUGGGGAGAGACCCUAUGACUGUAAUGAGUGUGGGAAAAGUUUUGGAAGAAGUUCCCACCUCAUUCAGCAUCAGACAAUCCACACUGGAGAAAAGCCCCACAAGUGUAAUGAGUGUGGGAAAAGUUUCUGCCGGCUUUCUCACCUAAUUCAGCACCAAAGGACCCAUAGUGGGGAGAAACCCUAUGAGUGUGAAGAAUGUGGGAAAAGCUUCAGCCGGAGCUCUCACCUAGCUCAGCACCAGAGGACCCACACGGGCGAGAAGCCUUAUGAGUGUAAUGAAUGUGGGCGAGGCUUCAGUGAGAGAUCUGAUCUCAUCAAACACUACAGAGUCCACACAGGGGAGAGGCCCUACAAGUGUGACGAGUGUGGGAAGAAUUUCAGUCAGAACUCUGACCUUGUGCGCCACCGCAGAGCCCACACGGGAGAAAAGCCUUAUCACUGUAAUGAAUGCGGGGAGAAUUUCAGCCGCAUCUCACACUUGGUUCAGCACCAGAGAACCCACACUGGGGAAAAGCCAUAUGAAUGUAAUGCUUGUGGGAAAAGCUUCAGCCGGAGCUCUCAUCUUAUCACACACCAGAAAAUUCACACUGGAGAGAAACCCUAUGAGUGCAACGAGUGUUGGCGAAGCUUUGGUGAACGGUCAGAUCUCAUUAAACACCAGAGAACCCACACAGGAGAAAAGCCCUAUGAGUGUGUGCAGUGUGGAAAAGGUUUCACCCAGAGCUCCAACCUCAUCACACAUCAAAGAGUUCAUACGGGAGAGAAGCCUUACGAAUGUACCGAAUGUGAGAAGAGUUUCAGCCGGAGCUCAGCCCUUAUUAAACACAAGAGGGUUCACACUGACUAAGUCCUGUAAGGAUGACUUAGAAAUGAUUUGUAUGAAGGUGCAUAUUCAUUUGCUAUCAAAGAACUCCCUCAAGACUGAACUGCUUUUAGCGUACUGAAUUUCCUUGUUGUGGGCCACAGUUUAAAACAUUAAAGAAGGCAAGUCAUUUGAAAAUGCGACCCAUGACUUUGGGAAUGUUGGCUGCUCCUCCGAAACAGUGACUUCUAUUCACUUAAUUAAGGAAUUAAUUCGUCAUAAUCAUCCCCACAAGGACAGUAAUUAGAAAUCUGAAGAUCAGGGGGAUAAAUGCUUAGGCCUGGAAAUGGAGUAAAUCUUUAAAAGCUAUUUCUCCCAUCCUUGUCCCAAAAAACUAUGCUAGGGGAAAUGUUGGACUGUAAUAGGAUGGUCACAUCUGCUUUGGAAACAGCCAGUCAGAGACUGCCUGAAUUGCCACACCUACUCACUCACCAUAGUAGUUGGGCACACACAACUUCCCCUUCAAAGGGCUUUUUCCUUGAGUUGUUCAUGCGUUUGUAUCCGUCUUCCUGACAGCAGGUUUCUGCACCAUGAAGGCAAUGAUCAUAGCUUUUCUCAUUGUUUCUAAUUGACUUUUUUAAAGCUUGCACCUAUGUGAAAGCUAACUGAAGAAACCAAUCAAAAGGAAAAAUGAGACACAGUUUUGGGGACCAAGGAUCAUCAAUGGUGGUGACUUUAGCAAGAGAUGCCCACUGUUAUUGUUGACAUUAAUCAGAAUUUAUUACUUUUCUUUGGGGAUCAUUGUAGGGAAAAUACCUUCAAGGAAAUAGGACCAUAGGCGAUGGUGGAGUAUAAGGAGCAAGGGGAAUUGACCACUUGAGGGAAGGAAGCACAGAGUCCCUUCCCAAGGAACACAGGUCAUUUUUGUGUUCUUUCCCCUCUCCCCUUUAAGAUCAAUUCUCCCUAUACUACUAAUUCUAGGAUUUAAUAAGGGCCACAUCCCAGUGUUUAUCUUGGCUUGUAUACGGGCAUGUGUAUAUAUAGUAAAAUGUGUAUUCCUGUGGUUUUUCCAAUAGCAGAAACUGAAUUCACAAAUUAGCAUGUUCUUGGGUGAUACUGAUCAUGUGACAGAACUACAGACAUAACUCCAAUGCGAGAAAUGUCCUUUUGUCUUCAUUAUGAAAAAAAUAACCCAUAAAGUCCAGUGCUCUGGUGUGCACUCUCCUGUAAGAUCUGUCUUUGUACAGAACUAAGCACUUGUUUAUAUAUAUCAGCCAGUUGUGGGCGAUAAUGACUGAACAAAUUGGUUGAUCUGUUCUCAGACUGAACUGUCUUCUCUUUGGCCUAGUUACAAGGAAUUUAAUAAUCCUAGGUAGGAAUGUAUUCCCAUCUUUCCAGCCUACAGAUAUUAAGUGGUUAAAAUAAGAGUUGACCAAUUUAAGUCCAUUAGUUCUCCUUAUCUCAGCCCAAAUAGACAUUAAAUAUCCCAAAUGUUGAUGCUUAUUCAAGCAUUUGGGGAUGGAAGCGUGAGGGAAUUAACGCCCAGGAGAUGGGACUAGAAUAAGGACUGUACUUUUUUGAGAGUGUCCCAAGUUAUUUCUACUGUGCUUUAUUGUGAGUGUUGUAACAUUUGAAAAAUACUUUUGCCAUAGCUCUUUGGGAGUUGGUGUUAAAGGGGCCAGUGGUCUCUCUUGGGUAGUAUACUACAGUGGGUUAUUGUGACCCACAGCUGUGUGGGACUGCAUCCCUUGCAAUGACACAACCUUGAAAGUAACAAAAUGAAAAACCACUCCAUCAGGGAGGUUUCGCUAUGUUGCCACUCCUGUUUAAAAACAGACUUGGGCAGGAAGCAUGUUUUUUCAAUAUGAAAUCUAGCCAACUGUAGGUUUCCUAUUUCAUUGUUGAAUGACUUAAAUGUCUUGAUGACUAAACUCGAAUAUGUCUUUUCCUGUAUCAGUGCUGCUGAUGGUUUUAAUAUAUAUCAAAGUUCUGUUGUUUCUGUGAGCCACUCUAGGCAUCAGGUUUCGAGUGGCCACAGAAGACAGCAUUUCCAUGACUUAAGUGUAUUUCACCCUGCUCUGCUUCCCUGCUCUCCUGGCCCACCCCAGGCUCUCCCUGCUGCUGCUUUUGGCUUUUUAGAGUUGAGGGGCCCAAGAAAAGGCUUCUAAGUGCCCCAGCCAUUUCUCCAUACAUGUACACUCCACAUGGGAAGUUGACAGGGCAAGGGCCAGACAGCUCUGUCUCCUCUCUCUCUGCCAGUUGCUGCCCAUUUGCUGUGUUGAACUUUUGUGUAGAAGUUAAGCAUCUGACCCUCUUUGCUGAUGCUUUUUGCAUGGCUUCCGCUGCCAUCUCCAGCUGCUUCUGCGCACACCCUGAACACUUUGUGCCUGUUUUCUAUGGUUGUGGAGAGUGAGUGAACCAGUAAGUAUGUAGAGCAGUUAUUCUUAUGGUAUUGGUCACAGUUACCCUAGUGUCUGUCUACAUCUGUAUUCUAACAAUAUUCUAUAAUUAAAAGCAUAAUUUGUAAAAUCAAAAAA